CAGUUAAGUGUAGCGGGUAGGGCUCAGGCCGCCGCUGCCGCCCGCUCCUCCAGCUCCCGCUCCGCCCCGCGCCGCUCCGCCCCAGCUCCUCAUCCACCGCAGCCGACUGUCCGGCUCGUUGGCGGAACGACCGACGACAAUCACGAGCAGUGUGGGCUAGUCCUGGUCACAAAUUACGCUGAAUCCUGUCACAUCAGUGUGUGAGGAAAAGUGAAGUAUUACAUUCCCCUCCGUGAAUGUAAGAAGUCUUGUGCUGAAAGCAUGUGGUGCAUCCUGCGAGGCUGGAGGCAAGAGUGCCUGGGCCCACUUGGAGCCCUGACGCAGCAGUGGCUCCCAGGCAUCCGUGCUCUGGCCAGUGUGAGUUCCACGAGGAGAGACGAAUACAGUUAUGUGGUGGUGGGUGCAGGCUCCGCUGGCUGUGUGCUGGCUGGGCGGCUCACGGAAGACCCUGACAAGCGUGUGCUGCUGUUGGAGGCAGGGCCCAAGGACAUGCUUGCAGGGAGCAAGAGGCUCUUGUGGAAGAUCCAUAUGCCUGCUGCCCUCGUGGCCAACCUGUGCGAUGACAAGUACAACUGGUGCUACCACACAGAACCACAGGCAGGCAUGGACGGUCGUGUGAUGUAUUGGCCACGGGGCCGGGUCUGGGGAGGCUCCUCUUCCCUCAAUGCCAUGGUCUACAUCCGUGGGCAUGCUGAGGACUACAACCGUUGGCACCAAGAAGGUGCUGUGGGCUGGGACUAUGCACACUGCCUUCCCUACUUCCGCAAAGCGCAAGGGCACGAACUGGGGGCCAACACAUACCGUGGUGGUGAGGGGCCACUGCGUGUUUCCCGGGGCAAGACCAACCACCCACUGCACCAGGCAUUCCUGGAGGCGGCACAGCAGGCUGGCUACCCCUUCACUGAGGACAUGAAUGGCUUCCAGCAAGAAGGUUUCGGAUGGAUGGACAUGACUAUCCAUGAAGGCAAACGCUGGAGUGCAGCUUGUGCGUACCUGCACCCAGCACUGAGCCGCCCUAACCUCACUGCUGAGGCCCAGACAUUUGUGAGAAGGGUGCUGUUUGAAGGCAACCGUGCAGUGGGCGUGGAGUAUCUCAAGAACGGCCAGAGCCACAGGGCUUAUGCCAGCCAAGAGGUGAUUCUGAGUGGAGGUGCCAUCAACUCUCCACAGCUGCUCAUGCUCUCAGGCAUCGGGAAUGCAGAUGACCUGAAGAAACUGGGCAUCCCGGUGGUGUGUCACCUUCCUGGAGUUGGCCAGAACCUGCAGGACCACCUGGAGCUGUACGUUCAGCAGGCGUGCACCCGCCCCAUCACCCUCCACUCGGCACAGAAGCCCCUGAACAAGGUCCGGAUUGGUCUAGAGUGGCUCUGGAAGUUCACAGGUGAUGGAGCCACAGCCCAUCUGGAAACAGGUGGGUUCAUCCGGAGCCAGCCUGGAGUCCCCCAUCCAGACAUCCAGUUCCAUUUCCUGCCAUCCCAAGUGAUUGACCAUGGGCGGGCCCCCACACAGGAGGAUGCUUAUCAGGUGCAUGUGGGGACCAUGCGGGGCACGAGUGUGGGCUGGCUCAAACUGAGAAGUGCCAACCCUCAGGACCACCCCGUGAUCCAACCCAACUACUUGUCAACAGAAAAUGAUAUUGAGGACUUCCGUCAGUGUGUGAAGCUGACCAGAGAAAUUUUUGCACAGAAAGCCCUGGCCCCAUUCCGGGGUAAAGAACUCCAGCCAGGAAGCCAGGUGCAAUCCGAUAAAGAGAUCGACGCCUUCGUGAGGGCAAAAGCAGACAGUGCCUACCACCCCUCGUGCACCUGCAAGAUGGGCCAGCCCUCCGACCCCAUGGCUGUGGUGGACCCGCAGACUAGGGUGCUUGGGGUGCAAAACCUCAGGGUGGUCGAUGCCUCCAUCAUGCCCAGUGUGGUCAGCGGCAACCUCAAUGCCCCCACAAUCAUGAUCGCAGAGAAGACAGCUGACAUCAUUAAGGGCCAGCCAGCACUCCAGGACAAGGAUGUCCCUGUCUACAAGCCUGGGAGCCUGGCCACCCAGCGCUGAGGCAGUCAUUGUCUGAGAAGGCCCCUGAUGAGCCAAGUGGGCCAGCCUAGCCCUUGCUCCAAAGGCUCUUUCCUGAAACUGUCUAGAACAUUAGGAUUCAAUGGCUGCAAACUGGAAAUGAGACCAGUGCUGCCAGUGAGUCAGGUUUCUUUCUCCCAGCAUGUCCCUGCCUCCUGGAGGAAUAGCAGAAGGGAGGCCAGCAGAGGUGGAUGGUUAAGUCCCACCCUAUCCUCUGUCUUAUUCCAUGGUGCUGUCCCACCCAGGGUCUUGCUCCUGCUGCCUGCCUCAGUCCUGCUGGACUUGAGGGAAGGGGUCCUCUCCCAGGCCCCCCUGGGAAGGCAAGCCCCAAAAUGCCUUAUCUAAACUAUUCUCAGAGCCGGGCGCUGUGCCCAGCUAGACCUGCACUGCGUUUUCCAAGACAUCUUCCACUACAGGCUUCUGGCUGAGGCCAGAGUCAUGCUCAGGUUGGGCAUGCACAUAGCCGCCAGCUUCCCUGUUCAGAGGGAGAGCUGCCUGCUAGAAGAAACACAGCCUUUUCCUUCCUCUGCAGCUUCCUGACUUCACUCUCAGACUGAGGCAAGAACUAGUGUUCGGUCGGGUCACCCACAGGGGCUGGUGGCCACCUCUCCAGUGUUCUGGUGCUCUAUUAAACAUGAUCAUUCCACUGAAAUGAUUUCUGGACAUUGUUCAAGGAGGGAAGCUUCCCAAGGGAAACUCUCUCAGGUUUCAUUCACGAUGAUGCAGCAUUUUAAAUGAUGUUCCUAUUACCAGGAAGCAAACCCAGAGCAAACCCUCCACAUACCAGGCCACCAGUCCAUGUUGAAGCAGCUAGUCCAAGGGGGUGCAUUCCUCUCCACCUGGAAGACACUGGGCAGUGGACAGGACUGGAUAAUUCUUUUUCUCUAGAUGUCCACAGGAACAGACCAGGGUGGAGCCAAGACAGAAAGGGCAGGCAAGUAAAACUAUGCAUUCUGGUCCUGUAAAAAUGCAGCUGAGUGGAAGAAAAAUAGUCAAAGAUUUGAAUACUGGGGGGGGAACAUUCAAGUAGCAUUUAAAACAGCCCUUUGAUCUUUAAAAUUCUUAUAAUGUAAUAACAGAACCCGAGAACUUAUUUUUGAAGUGGUAUGUUGUGUCCACAUGAUUCUUACAAGGUAAUGAAAACCAAAUACAAUUUGGAUUGAUUUUUCUGAAAAUUCUCCAAAGCCACCAUCCAUGGCAGGGAAGAAGAGAAUUGCAGGGCUGGGCCCAGAACGAUGGGAGGAAAAUGAGGCAUUUCAAGCUGCCCCGGGGGUCAGUGUGGAUUGAGGUGGCUGAGAGGCCUGACGGUGUCAACUUAUGUUUGAGAAAGGUGAAGAAAACUGUCACGCCUGUCUUUCCUUUAGAAAUUUUAGGCAGUUCUUAUUUAAAUCUUACCUGUUUUUUCUUUACAUUCUGUUCCAAAGGAGGGUCAAGAAAGAAAAUUCUUAAUCUGCCAAGAUCUCUCUCCUUGAGAGACUCCCCACCUGCCUCACCGCCAUGGGUCGCGGUCACCAUCAUCUGUGUCUGGGAGCCACCUGUCAGGGUGCGGGAACAGCAGAGGAGUGCAGGUAGCCAGCCCCACCACUCUGAGUGCCAAGAAGUCCACAGUGAGCAGUGUAGGGAGUCCUGGGCAUGACUGUCAUGGCACUGACCUGCUUCUCUGGGGUGGGUAUGGCCGGUGACACGGCUGUUAUUUGUGGCCUGUGGUGUUCUGAGACAAUGGCUGGUUUGUUGCUGUUGCUAUGUUGUAAGAUAAGCAAAGUGGUGUGCAAACAGCUCGACCACACCCAGGCCCCUCUCCCACUCCAUCACACGUGUCUAGCUACAGACAGAAGUUUCAAAGGAGACCAUGAGUGUCACAUAUCCAGAAGCCAAAGUGGAAAACUGCUGUUGGGGUUUGGACACAGGAGAGCAUAUUCUGACUUUAAGCAGUUGCUCCCACCAGUCCUGACGGGAGUGUGACCGCUAUCUGGACGGAGCGGUGGCCCCGGGGGCAACAACAGGGUGGACUGAAUGUCCGACUGUCCUGAGGAACCUUGGCCACAAAGACAGGGCUGCUGGUUGAGGAGCCAGGGUGGGGCUGGUUCAAGUUGGGGAGACAAGCUGCAGUCGGGCGGUCUGUUGGGCACAUGGAGGCCUUUCAGCACCCAGCCUGGCAGGAGCUGGCACUUUGUCAGGUAAGCCCCUUAGCAAAAAAGCCAGUAAUGGAAGAGUGCACUCUUCAAAACAAGGCUGAAAAAGCCUAAUGGGAAGCUAUGUAUGUGCUUAGUGGCCAGGCUCUGAGGAACACUGACCCCUUAGAAGAAACCGGGGUUUAAGCUGCUACAUCGGCAGAGGGGCCUUCCUGGUAAAACAAGGGACAGAACACACGGGUACAGGAACACUGAAUAUUGGAAGGGCGGGUCCUGGAAACAAGACUCUAGUGGCUUCACAUACAGCCUUUCUGCUUCCAGCACAUCAUUUCGAUAAAUUCAAAUCAGUUCUCGCCAGUCAAACCAUGUUCCUCCACCCAAAGGUGGUUUCCUAUUUCCACUGAUCAACUUAACAGCAGACUGAACACCAGAUGCUUUUCUCUUCAUGUCCAGAACAAAAUGUACCCCCUCCACAGACGCUGUCCUGAGAACCUGCCACCACCCCCACAGGGCAUGCUGCAGAGCCCCCUUCUCACGCUGGCAGCAAGGGCUCCUGCUGCUCCUCCUGGCCUGCCCUGUCACGUCCCUAGCAGAGAAGAAACACCUUAGAGGAAUAAAAACCUUUCCAACAAAUGUAAGCAUGGCUGGAGUCUGAAUCUGGGUAGGCUAAUAAGGAAGCAGAAAGUACCAGGCAGCACCUCUACCGCUAACCAGUUUUUAGAACAAAUCAACUGCUCGUCAUAAUGAUAACCUCUUCAGGAAUGUGGGCAACUCGCAGAGACAUUUAAGACUGUUAAAAAAAAAAAAAAAAAAAAAAAACAACAAACAUGAACUAAAACUGCCAUGGUUUCUUUCACAAACUUAGGACCACAGCAAUUGGGUUUAUCAAGUGGGGAAAAGCCACUGAGAAGCUUCUGGGGCUGUCACAAACCACCCUUCCCUGCCUUGGGCUGAUUUGGAAACAUCUCGGAACAGAGCUGGGACGCACAUCCUGGACUAGCAGGGGCCCCGCAUUCUAGACCAAAAAAUCGCAGAUUCAGUUAAAUUGUAGCUGCCACUUCUAUCUUGUGACAUUAUGAAAACAAUGUUAAAGAAACCAUGUGUACUGUUGCUGAGCACACAACAAAAGUACUUCUAUGUAGGAGCCUGGCAGGGAACCAAAAAGGGAACAAGUUUAAAUCUUCAAACUUUCUUAAAACAAAGAAGAAAACCAUGCUCUACAACUUCAAAUUUUUCUUACAAAAAAAUAAAUGCGAUGUUAGACCAGAGGUUGAACCAGGCUUAAAGAAGACAGAUUUUGGGAGUGAUGCAGCCAGUUUGUAGAUACUGACUGGAAAAAUCACUUACACCAGAAAACUGCAUCCAGGAAGGGCGAUUCUGCCCUGCUAAUAAGUCAGUGAGACCAGUACCCACCGGAGACACGGAGUCGGAGGUGAUGGAGGUGACGGCGCUAGCCCUGUAAGGAGAAGCCGUGCUCCCUGCAGCUGGCAGUAAGUUACCUCAGGGGUCGAAGGAGCCAUGAGGGGGAGCACUACCCUCUCUUGACAACCGUCUUCCCGGCCUCUUCUGCAGCUCUCGCUGGUGCUCUUCACAAAGAGAAGCUCCCAGAUACAAUGAAAUUAUUACACAGUUUGUUCUGAAGAUCAUUUUGCAUUUUAAUAAAAAAGCAUUUGUCAGGAAAUAGUCAUUUACAAACCUUUGUGUGUUUUUGCCUGGAUCUGGAAUAAGAAUGUCUUAAGAAGAGGUUUGUAAGGUCUUUGUAACAAAGUUGUUAUUUACAAAAAAACAAAGACAUUAACAGGUUGUCUAUGUAUUUAAAAUUUUUGAACCAAAAUUUGCUACCUGUUUGUUGACUGCAGGGAAUCCCUGCCAAGGUAACUUGACAAUGUCGGCAUAGUUCUGUGAACAGAAAAAGAAGCCUUGAUGGUUCUAAUGAUCCAAAAGUGGGUUUUCAUCAGGAAGUACAGUCGGAGUGUGAGUGCAUUCCAGUGAAAACUUCAGCCCUCAUUCAAUUGCAUAUAAAAGCCCUCAAAGAGAACACACAGUACAGCAAUGUUUUGUAAAAAGGCAACAAUACAAUUUGUACAGACCCUAACAUUCUAACCCUGUAGAUGAUCACUGUGCGCCCUCUGCCCCACACUCCUUACUUCUUAAGCAGCAUCACCAGUCCCCAGGGGGCCAGAGCAGGGGAACAGGAUUUCUGUACCAGGGAUGCAAAGCUGACCCCGGGGAGCAGGAGGCAGCUGAGAAAACCAAAGCUGUGAAUCCACAGGGUCAGAGUCACCAGCCUGACCUACUCUGUUCUGAACGUAGCAGAGGGUAAGGUAAAACAAAACAAGACAGACGCUUGCAACCCAUGGUGGACUGAAGGGUACACUAUCAAAUCAGAACUCUUGCCCAAAGACAAGGCUGAAGAGUCGUCCGGCAUGUCUCAUGUAAAGUGACUCAAAAUAUUUUAGAAAAAUCUCCAUAGUGUCAAGUUCUUUUGAACUCAAAAUUUUGCCCCCAAAAGAUUUUCACUGAAUAAAUGAGAAUUGGCUCUAUUUCUUCUACUUCUGUGUGGUCUGAGUAAAAAUGCUAAUUUCUAGAUUUCAGUGGGGAACUACAAUUAUUAGGACCCAUGGAUAUUGCUGCAUUUCAAAUACGGUACAAUAAUUACAAAAUAUAGACCAUCUCUUUACAAAUACAAAUUAUAGUAUAUUACAAGUCAUGUACAGUAAAUCUAUAAUUUUUAAACAAACUAGCGUAUCUAAGUUUACCUGGUUGCGAGUGCAUUAUUAUUCCAGUUUACCCUUAGUUGCCCUUAGCCUGACAGUCAGAAACCGACCCUCUGAGUGAUGCUCUCUGGUGUAAACUGGCGUCAAGAGCAGAACACCUCAUGUAUAAGGUCCUGCUCCCCUCUCAGGAUGACGGCUGGUAGGUGGGUUCUGACUGACGCACUGUCCUGCAGAACAGCUAAACAGGAACCAGGAAGCAGUGUAUUGGGGGGAGGGUUAAAAAU